AUGUUAUCUCCUCUUAGCGAGUAUGGUACCCACUUCUCUUAUUGGCUGUUAGCGGGAGUGAAGUCCGCCUAUUCUGUUCUCCUUUGCCCUGCGGGGCUAGUUCUUGUUUUCGCUAAUCAGCAUCCGGGGCCUCAGCUCCGCUCCGAUUCGACCUGCUUCCUGGAAAUCCCAACCUCUUCUGGUAAGGAAAUCUGCUUACCUGGGAUAGGGCAUUGCUUCUUGAGUACGCCGAUACUUGAUAAGCAACUCUCUUCUUUGCUUUUAUUCACAGAAAAGAAAAGCGCUUGUGCGGCCUACCACACUCUUUACUUUAGAGAGAUAGGGCAUAUGAAAAGGGAAUCUUCCAAUCAAGGAGAGUCGGCUUACUUUAGUUUAGUAGAUGCAUGCACACGGACGGGGCCAUACGUAAACAAUUCUACCUAUCAUCUCUCUUCGGGCCUGACUAAUUCCGAAAAUCAUCUUCGUAUGGGCUCCUUUUCUAAGCCCUCUCCCAAUUCACACAGAGGCCGAGCUCCAUUCAUGAAAGGCAGGGGGCGUACCAAUACUUAUGACUUCACUGAUACUGAUAAGUCUACUGAGAAACCUUGGGUCAUACAGCUGAUCGGUGUCGCCACUGACUACAAUUAUCAGCCGCCACCGGCAAAGCAUCUUGCUGCCUAUGUUGCCGACAUGGAGUUUGCCUCCCCUGACAGUUGGCUCUUGGACUCGGGUGCAACCAAUCAUCUCACAGCUGAUUUUCACAACCUUUCUAUGCACUCGGUCUACGAAGGGGAAGAGCUCAUUCAAGCAAUACCUCUCUCAUCAAAUAGACCGUUGCAAUUGAACAAUGUGCUUCAUGUUCCAGCAAUUAAAAAGAAUCUGCUUAGUCUUUCUCAGUUAACAAGGGCGUAG